AUGAAACUGCCCACGAUCUUCACCAAAACGGUUGUUCCCCUCUCGCACGAGCCUGGGGACCUCGAAACUGCUCGACGACAAGGAUCCAACGCCAUGGCAAGAUAUUUUCUAUCGCUUCGCCGCAAAGCUGGAGUCUCCGAUUCUAUGGUCCGGAAAUGGAUUAUCCUUAGCAAGCGAACUUGUGUCCUCGAACAAACUGUAACCGUAGAGAUUGGGCGAUCAAGAGACUCUGCUAGUUGCCGUGCUGUAGUCUGGCUCGAUGCCGGCAAAGAACUGGCAGAUAGUAUUGAAGGGCCCUGGAGUCACACACCCGAAACAAAUGCCUGGAAGACAUUUUUCCAUCCAGUCAUUGUGCCGCAAGCUACUGAUCUUCCCAACACUAGCCAGACUCUUUUCAAAGCCGAAUCGUUUUCGAGCCGAAGCUCCAAGCGACCCAACACUUCGAGCCCGGCGCUAAUCGUCGAAUCAGCAAGUUGGAAGGCUGGCCAAAACAUCAGCCAUCUUCCAUUCAAGUACGGUGCUCAUCUUAACAGGGAGCUAGCCAGCCGAGAUGUGUUGUAUGCCCUGAGCGAGCUUCUGCAUUUUGUGGCCGCGGCCGAAAUUCAAUUCUUCAACGUUCUUCAAAAAUGCAUCGACAAGGAGCUUUCAUUUGUUGGAGCCCCAGAGAUCGGCGAAAGCCACUCUGUAUCACUUCUCAACUUGAGAUACAUCAAGAUGCAAUUGUCUUCACACUCCCAGAGUCUUGCCGAAGUUGCCAAUCUCUUACGCAAUAGAACAUCUCUCGACUGGCCUCGUAUGACCAAAGAUGAAGAUCAAUCUCUUGCGGACAUAGCAGAAAAGACCGCUGCUCUACAGCUGACCGAUUUUGAGUACCUACUUCAGCGAACUCUUACGCUAGCGCACGAAUGCGAGCAGGGCAUGACGACCUUGGCCGAUAGCUAA